AGCUGGCGGGCGGGCGGGCGCCGAACGCGGCCCUGGCUCUCGCUGCAGCGCCGCCUCCUCUCCUUGUCGCAGGCCGGCCCGGCGGCCGUGACAAUGUUGCGGUGCUGGUAGCUGGGCGCCGGCCGCCAAGCCAUCUCAAGUUUAAACUUACACGAAUCGCUCCCUUGAGGAGGAGGGGACCGCCGCGCGAUUGACACGCAUAUUCCUAUAGGCAUCCUCCCUCAGCCCCCACCCCCUCGGCCGGAUUCGGGUGGCUCCUCUCCUAGCUGAAAUCCGAGAAGAAAUCCUUGGAUCUCUUGUUUAAAAAGAAAAAAAAAAAAUCUAGAAACCGUCGGUAUUUUGCUUUACUGCUUCCUUUUCGCAAGAUGAAGAAGUUUUUCGACUCCCGGCGAGAGCAGGGCGGCUCUGGCCUGGGCUCCGGCUCCAGCGGAGGAGGGGGCAGCACCUCGGGCCUGGGCAGUGGCUACAUCGGAAGGGUCUUUGGCAUUGGGCGACAGCAGGUCACUGUGGACGAGGUGUUGGCGGAAGGUGGAUUUGCUAUCGUGUUUCUGGUGAGGACAAGCAAUGGGAUGAAAUGUGCCUUGAAACGCAUGUUUGUCAACAAUGAGCAUGAUCUCCAGGUGUGCAAGAGAGAAAUACAGAUAAUGAGGGACCUGUCGGGGCACAAGAACAUCGUGGGUUACAUUGACUCCAGUAUCAACAAUGUGAGUAGCGGUGACGUGUGGGAAGUGCUCAUUCUGAUGGACUUCUGCAGGGGAGGCCAGGUGGUCAACCUGAUGAACCAGCGCCUGCAAACAGGUUUUACAGAGAAUGAAGUACUCCAGAUAUUUUGUGACACCUGUGAAGCUGUUGCCCGCCUGCAUCAGUGCAAAACUCCUAUUAUCCACCGUGACCUGAAGGUUGAAAAUAUUCUCUUGCAUGACCGAGGCCACUACGUCCUGUGUGACUUUGGAAGUGCUACCAACAAAUUCCAGAAUCCACAAACUGAAGGAGUCAAUGCAGUAGAAGAUGAGAUUAAGAAAUACACAACGCUGUCCUAUCGAGCACCAGAAAUGGUUAACCUGUACAGUGGCAAAAUCAUCACUACGAAGGCAGACAUUUGGGCUCUUGGAUGUUUGUUGUAUAAAUUAUGCUACUUCACUCUGCCAUUUGGAGAGAGUCAAGUGGCAAUUUGUGAUGGAAACUUCACAAUUCCCGAUAACUCUCGAUAUUCCCAAGAUAUGCAUUGCCUAAUUCGGUAUAUGUUGGAACCAGACCCUGACAAAAGGCCAGAUAUUUACCAGGUCUCCUACUUCUCAUUUAAACUACUCAAGAAAGAAUGCCCAAUUCCAAAUGUACAGAACUCUCCCAUUCCUGCAAAGCUCCCUGAACCAGUGAAAGCCAGUGAGGCAGCUGCAAAAAAGACCCAGCCAAAGGCCAGACUGACAGAUCCCAUUCCCACCACAGAGACUUCAAUAGCACCCCGCCAGAGGCCUAAAGCUGGGCAGACUCAGCCCAACCCAGGAAUCCUUCCCAUCCAGCCAGCCCUGACACCUCGAAAGAGGGCCACAGUUCAGCCCCCACCUCAGGCCACAGGAUCCAGCAAUCAGCCUGGCCUUUUAGCCAGCGUUCCUCAACCAAAACCCCAGCCUCCACCCAGCCAACCCCUACCACAGUCUCAGCCCAAGCAGCCCCAGGCUCCGCCCACCCCACAGCAGCCGCCUUCCACGCAGGCCCAGGGUCUGCCCACCCAGGCCCAGGCCACACCCCAGCACCAGCAGCAGCUCUUCCUUCAACAGCAGCAGCAGCAGCAGCAGCAGCAGCAGGCGGCACCACCUCCUGCACAGCAGCCAGCGGGCACAUUCUACCAGCAGCAGCAGCAGCAGGCCCAGGCUCAGCAGUUUCAGGCAGUACACCCUGCAGCCCAGCAACCAGCGAUCGCUCAGCUCCCCGUGGUAGCCCAAGGAAGCUCUCAACAGCAGCUGAUACAGAGCUUCUACCAGCAGCAGCAGCUGGCCACAACCCUGCAUCAACAACAGCUGCUGACUCAGCAGGCUGCCUUGCAGCAGAAGACCGCAGUGGUAGCCCUACAGCAGGCCCAGGCACAGCCAGCCACAGCCCCCCAGCCAGCCCCUGCCCAGGAGCCAGCGCAGAUUCAGGCCCCCAUAAGACAACAGCCAAAGGUUCAGACAACCCCACCUCCUACCAUCCAGGGGCAGAAACUCGGAUCUCUCACUCCUCCAUCGUCCCCCAAGGCCCAGCGUGCUGGGCACAGGCGGAUUCUCAGCGACGUGACCCACAGCGCAGUCUUUGGGGUCCCUGCCAGCAAAUCAACCCAGCUGCUCCAAGCAGCUGCAGCUGAGGCCAGUCUCAAUAAGUCCAAGUCUGCAACCACCACUCCUUCAGGCUCCCCUCGGGCCUCCCAGCAAAACGUUUAUAAUCCUUCAGAAGGUUCUACAUGGAAUCCCUUUGAUGACGACAAUUUCUCCAAACUCACAGCUGAAGAACUGCUGAACAAGGACUUUGCCAAGCUGGGGGAAGGCAAACAUCCUGAGAAGCUUGGAGGCUCAGCUGAGAGUUUGAUCCCAGGCUUUCAACCAAGCCAAGGUGAUACUUUUGCCGCUUCCUCAUUUUCUGCUGGAACUGCUGAAAAAAGGAAGGGUGGGCAGACUGUGGAUUCUAGCCUUCCUCUUCUAAGUGUAUCUGAUCCUUUCAUUCCUCUUCAAGUACCUGAUGCACCAGAAAAACUAAUCGAGGGACUCAAAUCUCCUGACACUUCUCUUCUGCUCCCUGACCUCUUGCCUAUGACAGAUCCUUUUGGUAGCACUUCUGAUGCUGUAAUUGAAAAAGCUGAUGUUGCUGUUGAGAGUCUGAUACCAGGACUGGAGCCCCCGGCGGCCCAGCGCCUCCCCUCUCAGACGGAAUCUGUGACCUCAAACCGCACAGAUUCUCUCACCGGGGAAGAUUCCCUGAUUGAUGGCUCUCUGCUUUCUAACCCUACUACUGACCUUCUGGAAGAAUUUGCCCCCAUAGCGAUCUCUGCUCCGGCCCAUAAAGCUGCAGAAGAUAGUAAUCUCAUCUCAGGUUUUGAUGUCCCUGAGGGCUCGGACAAGGUGGCAGAAGAUGAGUUUGACCCUAUUCCUGUAUUGAUAACCAAAAACCCACAAGGUGGGCACUCUAGAAACAGCAGUGGGAGCUCUGAGUCCAGUCUUCCCAACCUAGCCAGGUCUUUACUGCUGGUGGAUCAGCUCAUAGACCUGUAGCCGUGACCCAGUAGCAGAUGCAGUUCUGUAACCUUCAUACCGUAAUAUACAUUUUCAUUACAGAGUUAAAAGAAAAUGAUUUUUUUAAAUCUGCAAAUAAGGGGCUUCUAGCCCUAAUCUCCUACUACCCCUUGCCUUCUCCCAUAGAGAUGAUAAGGAAAGAAAAUCACUUUGGCCCUCCAGAUACUCCUUGGCCAGCUCCUCUCUGUUAGUUUGCUGUGUUUUCUCAUUACCCUUCUUCAAUAGCAUUAUCUUAAAUCAAACGCUAGAUGCCAUGAGCUUCACCUCUGCUGGAAUCGACUCCACCAAAAGCUUAACUGUAACUGAAACUAGUGAAUUGACACCUUUGUCUCAUUCUUGCUAGGAAUGGCCUCCCAAAUCAAUCCUCCCAACCCCAUCUCCUUUGGCCAGUUGCUGAUGAAUGUGUUUCUCUGUUUUUGCUUUUUAUGCUGCUGCAUUAUCACGAGGACAUGGCUUCUUCAGUUGGUCUUAACUCGAGGUAGUAACCUGGAGAUGGGUGUGUGGUUUCAGAGAGGGUAAAACUGACUGAUGGUGUAUGUUUGGAAAGAGAAAUUGAGCCCAGCUCUAGCCAACCAACUUUGACCUUGUUUGAUCGUAGACUUAGCCAAGGGAUUUCACACCCCAUGCAACCUGCCCAGCAUUCGUCCAGCACUCUGGCUUCCAUUGAACCGUGAUUUCUCAGAUCUGGAGACAUGACUGCAAGUACUUGAGAUCCUUGGAUAAAAUGUGUACAUGAUAUAAAUUCCAAGUAUUGCCAUUCCUUUUCGUGUUAACUGUCCCAAGCCGGGAUCUCAGAAUUAGACCAAAACCAGACAGUGGUGGUAAUAUGAUACCUUUUAUUAGAAGACUUUUCAUGGGGGGGUGGAUGGGGGAGGGGAAGGAAUUGUAGCAGAAACAGAUGUAUUUUUCUUGUGAUUUUUAUUUUGAAUCAAAUAUUGUAAAUUGUGUAUAAAUGAAGACGCUGAAUAGUUCUGUUUCCACUUGGCGUUUCAAGUCCGAUAUCAGGUGUCUGUACAGGGUUUUGAUCUCUUUCCCUUGUAUAACUAACUACGCAGCAAUCCUACAGUGUAACAUAUGGAAUCAUUUUGAGUAGACUUGUGUGUUGCUAUAAGCUUUCAGCAGGUCCUCUGUCUUUGUAGAAUAAGCAUGUUGUUUAUUUUCAGAUAAUCAGAAAUAAGUAUGCUGACACACUAGGCACAGUUUGACUUGGGCUACUUACCUUUCUUUCUCUCUGAUGUUUGAAUUGAAGGAUGCAGCCAAUGAAAUAUGUUCAGUUGGUUUUCCUUGGCAUCCUAGAUUUAAAAAAACAAAACAAACCAUAGUUUCUCACUAACCUUAGAAUAUUGUUCAUAAAAUAAAUAAAGGCCCCUGCACUGAUGUGACAACAUGACUCAUGGUCACCCUCUGUAUAUGUCCUUACUCACCGAAGUAUAUUUUUUUCCUUACAUGCAAAGCAGUUUUAUAAAAUCACCCUUUUGAAAGAGGUAGGCACAGAGAACCCCAUUUGGUUCUCUUCCUUGAGUGCCAUUUUCAUGGUCAGAAGGGAACCUCUUAGUUGAUCAGAUUUGUACCAAUAAAAUUCCAGGUCCAUUUGCUCAUUUCCCUGUCUAGCACUUUUGUUUCUUCUUCUUCACGUUUGCUCUUUAAGGGGGAAAAAAAGAAAGCUGAACAGCAACAACCGCCUGCAAAACCCUGUACCUUGGAGGUCAAGCUUUGACCCCAGCAAUGUGAGAACAGCCUUUGAAAGGUAUCAGAGGAAAAGUCGGAACCUUUCAGUCUUCCUUCUGACUUUAAGUACUUCCGUGUCAGCUGAAACUAGACACACUAAGUACAGGCCUCUGUUAGGAUAAUGGGUCAUUUCCAAAAUUGAGGGAGGCACAACCUACCUGCUGAGGGUUAAAAAAGAUAUCCUCGGGCUUCCCUGGUGGCGCAGUGGUUGAGAGUCCGCCUGCCAAUGCAGGGGACACGGGUUCGUGCCCCGGUCCGGGAAGAUCCCACGUGCUGCGGAGCGGCUGGGCCCGUGAGCCGUGGCCGCUGAGCCUGCGCGUCCGGAGCCUGUGCUCCGCAACGGGAGAGGCCGCAGCAGUGAGAGGCCCGCGUACCACAAAAAAAAAAGAUAUCCUCGAAGAGCUCUCCAUGAUUGGAGAGCAGUGAAAAUGGGACUUGGUUUGCCCCUUUAUGGACAGGAAUAUUACUGAAGAUCAAAAUGGUAUUCUUUUUCCCAGACAUAGAAAGAAUAUAUAAACUAAUGAAAGAGAUGUUUAUUUUUAAAUAAGAAUAAUGUUUUAUGCUUAUGUUUUCCAGUUUGAUUUUUUUUCAUAUAUACAUGUUAGAAAUAUAUUGAAAUAUCUAGUUUCUCAAUUUAAUUGAAACCACGAAGAGUACAGUUUAGAAAUUAGGUAAGUGUCUCUAAAUUAUUCCUUUCAUGUAUUACCCGUAAUCACAUUGAGAUAUAUUAUCUAGUCAUUUGGCUCAAUAAAGCUUAAUGGAGAAUGUUAAUGAAAAUGAAUAGACUAGAAACGAGAGAGACUGGGUGGAGGAAGCCUGAGGGGGAUAAUGACAUGAAAUUAUCUUGAGUUUAUUCUUUAGGAGUAGGGCUUCAAAGGAGAGAACUAUUUUUCUGCUAAAGAAGACAUGUGAGUGACUUGAUAAAAGGGACCUCUUUAGUUUAUAGCAUCAUCCUUGAGCUAAAAGGGUUUAUUUGAGAUGAGUAUAGUAUGCUAAUAAUUGAUAGAACUUUGAAACUGUAGACUGAGCUACAAGAGGGACCUUAGAGAUUAUUCUAGUCCAUCCACUUCAUUUCACAGAUGUGGGACCUAAAGCAGGUGGGGAGAAGAGACCCGGGCAGGACAGGCCACCUGGGAGCUUGUCCUGACCUUUGCCAGUCCCUGGCCUAGUGGGGCUUCAGCAGGGGCUUCACUUCUUAGGGCUGCUCCUUACUGACAAUGAUGGGUUUGGACUAGAUGGUUUUUAAGGUUAUAGAAUUCUAGGGUUCUAAGUAUUUAUUAUGAUGCUUCAGGAGGACUAUGAAGGAUUUAUAUAAUCCUGAUGUUCUUCAGUUAUCUUCUGUAGCUCUUACUAUUACUGUAGCAGUAUUUACAUUUUAGAGAAUUACAAUGGGCUUUCACUAACCCGAGUUGCUCUCUCUCUCUUGGUUAUCUGAAGAGACCCGUAAAUCAUUACAGAGUUUUGGACAUAGAUUUCCCUUUUUUUUAAUAUUACACACGUAUCUACCUAUUCCAACAAAACAGUAUCAGAAGAUUUCAAUUUUUUUAAACUGUAUAAUCGAGGACCUGCCAUUUAAAAAUGGACAAAUAACUGUAAGCAUAUGUUUCUGAUUUGCUUUUAUUCCAACUGUGCAAAAGUAGUACCUGUACCAGAAAACAUCACAAAUUGGAUUUUUUUCCCUUUACAGCAUUCAGAUAACUAGAUCACCAAAUUCAAGUCCCAGUGUUUUUAAAAGCACAGCCCUCAGAGAAGAUAAGCUUUAAAUGGACACUUCUGAAUGUGAUUAUAAUUAAUGAUUUCUUUAGCAGACGUAUCAGAGUUGUGAUACCUAACUGAGUGUUCCCUUCAAAGGCAUCUGGUUUUACUUGGGAAACAUACUUAUUCUAAUGAUGCUGCCACCAUUUAUGUUAUUUUUGAAACUUCUCUCCUUAGAAAUAGUCAAUACUAUCAAGAAAGAUAAUAAAAUAUAAGAAAAUCAGUUGUAUUAUCUCAGUAGUAUCGCUUUCAGCAUCUGAAAGUAGUAUGCUCUCUUUCUUGAUCUUUUCCUACCACUCUUGGUUCUAAAUAACAUUUAGAUGUUUCCAAAAAGCAAAAUCACUCGCCUAAGCUGAAGAGUGGUUACUAUUGAAGAUAGUAAGAAGAAUGAAUAAUUCACUGAAGAUUCCCAGAGAGGACCUUAUAAUGGAAUGUGACAACAAUCAGUCUUAACUUCCUUAAUAUUCUGAAUAAGGGAACUUAUACGAUUUCACCUGGCUUUAGUAUGGUUUGGAAAAUUGAAAGAUAGGGGUUUUAAAAUACCUCUGAAAGAGGUUGUCACUUUGUUCAGUGUCAUUUGAUACUGGACUUGGCUCUUCCCAAAUUAGAAUUAUAGAACUUGGAUUGCUAAUAAUUAUAGGGGAACAAAUCCAGGAAAAGAACCUGUUUUUCUCAAGAUGAAAUAUUAGCUUUGUUUCUAAUCCUUUUUUCGGGGUCUCCUGAGAUAAAUGAUUCAAAGCAACACAACCUCUCCCCCCGACCGCCCAGGUCAGGAACAGUUCUGCCUUCAGUAGUGCUGGGGGAAGGAGGAGACUUUUGGGGUUGACCUCAGCCCAGAGGUAUGGAGGCAUAUGAAUUCAGCUGAACAGAUGCACAUUGUAGAGAACUUCGGCCAAAAUAAAGUCUCCCAUGCCGAUAUUUGUCUAUAGUUCCAGGAGUCUUAGCUUUCUCAGUCUGUAAGAUUCAGGAUUCUGUAGCCAUGAACUUAGAGUUUGGGGAUAAAAAUGACAGGAUUGCCCAAAGUACUGAAUUAAGCAGAUUAGAGGCUGCCAGGCAGAACAGAGAAACUAUUAGAUGGAUACUUAAAAUGGUACCUUUACUGAAACGCUCCAGAUAUUACAAAGCCAUCUUUUAUUCCUCUCAAGAGACUGUAAUUUUACCAGCACAAAGUUAUUAGCCUUUUCCUUUUCCCCACUAGUAAUGUUCCUAGAGUUGGAUGUGCUUGGAUUUCUUGAGUCAGAAUGAAUCCCAGAUGGCCUCCAUUUCAAAUAAUCUGUAACAAGAUACUAUUUUGUUUCUCUUGGGUUUCCUUUCACUGUGAUGGGGGAGAGAGGUUCUUUGGACAAUGCUGAUCUGUGCAGCAGCAUGGUAGUUGCUAGAAUGGAAGAUAUCUUCCUGGUUCCCGCUCUGAUGUAGUCUUGCCCUAGGAGUAUUCCCUGCCCUGUCGCACACGCCUUCAUCACAUGGAUGUGUAUUCACCACAGACCUUUAUCCUGUCCUCCCAAGAAGACAAAGCAAACAGAGGUACAUGAAGCUAUCUUAUACAGAAAAAUGUGAAAUUUGAACUUUGCUACACAAGUAUUGUAUAAAAAACAAGUCUGUAAACAAGUUUCUUAUGUAAACAUACAGGAAAAUAAAGACUUUUAUCUGUUAAAACAGGAGCAUGAUGUUCAGAGCUAUAAAUAAAUAACUUACAGUAGCUGCUCUUUUCCUGAUCUGAAAACCCACUUUUGCAAAAAGGAUUUAAACACAUUGUUGAGUGACCAUAAGCACCUGUGCACAAGGAAAGUGCAGACACGUAUGAGAGACGUGCAGAGGACAUUUUAAUGAGUCAUGGCUACCCCGGCUUCAUCUGCGGUCAUAGAGAGUAAAACCCCUGUGAGCCUGCAUUUGAUAUGACCAGACAUGGAGCUGUAAAAGGGAGCACAGAUUUGCAGCUACCCUCCUCUAAUUUAAUCUUUAAUGUACCCAGGCCAAUUUAAUUAAACAUUUUAUGUUGGCAACGGCAGUUUUAUGCCCAGGGAGAAAUCUCUCUCGUUUAAUUGCUCUGUUGGCUUGAGAGACCCAGCGUCUCUAGCCAGUGUUGUCCCCCAUCAAAUAUCUUAUUCGCCAGGCGUGGGUUUUAAUGCAACUCCACAGCAUAUGGUAGAACCCAGUGCUUAAUUUUAUUAUCUAAGCAAAAGGUCAUGGAAAUUACUAGUUUGAUGUACAUCUCCUGAUUCCCUGAUUCAGCUCUGAGAGUGUGAAUUUCAUUUGGUGCUACAUUUCUGAAGUUCUUGUAAAGGGUAUUUUGCUUUCUAGUUGCUAACUAUACGAGAAGGUUUCCCAAUACUCCAAGAUUUCACCUUCAGUUUUGGGCAAGAAUUAUGUCUUUGACACUCCCUAUAACUGUUAUUUCUCUUUAUAGUUUGGGAGAAAGUAAAAUUCUGGUCACGCAUGAUAUAUUACACUCAGGAGUAUCCAGCCUGCAAUUUAAGUCUUCAGAUUUUCAUUCUUUUUUAGGAAACACGGCCCUCACUGUCCAUCAGAUAAAAUUUCCAGGGUAAACCUAGUCUAAAUUAUUCAGCACUUUGGGUUGCUUUGGAAAUUAAUAGGGAAUUGGUGAGGAUAGUUGCCAAAGCAUCAGAUACUUUUGAGGAUGCCUUCUUUCUGAAGCAUAUAAGCUCUUACUGAAAUCGACAUUAAUUUGCAGCCUCAAAAUAGACUCAAAUGGAGUUAUUCCUAGUGGAAGUGUCAAAAAGUGUGCUUAACCUUAACCUGGCACACAGUCCUACAUCAGAGCAAGAAAAAGAAGUGUGUUUUGACUUCUUGCUUAAUUUAAUGUGCUAAAGCAAAAUGAAAAGAGAUGUGACUUAAUUUGAGGAAAUUAGAACAAAAUGCCCUACCUUAAGCUUCCUGAUAAGGAAGACCCUUAUGCUUGAUAAGGGAGACCCUGACCCUGUGAGGCCAGGUCCCAGGUUUAAGCCCAACGCCCCCCCAUCACUCCCCACCUACCCCAAGAAUAGCUGGCUAGCUUUAUUGAGUUUUCUGGUCACAGGGCAUCUGCUCUGCAUGCCGUUGGCUUCCAAAGGAACUGGGCCAAGGCACUGAGGUUAAAUUAGUAUAAAUCUUUCAUUGCUAGUAGGCAGACUGCUUCCAACAUGUUUUUCUGACAGUACAAGGCUAUAUUCAUAUACAAGGACUGUUCACCCUGAAAAUACAUGCUUUCCCUCCCUGCAAUAACACACGCAUAUUCAAAAAAAAAAAAAAACCCUCUAACUGCCAACAAGAUUUAAUGUCUCUCUUCUGUUUACAGUUAUUUAGAAUCUGUCCUUCUUUUGACUGCUUUGUUUCUUGUGCUGCCACCACCAAAAUUCCCUGAGGGAAUGUGGAUGUCUGCGUGCCCCAUACCCACUGCGUGUCUUUGUUCUCCAGAACGCCAGGCUUGGAGGGUUACAAAGGGUGGUUGCUCACAGCUUGGUCAUACUGCACCUCCUCUAAAAAGAAUGGAAAGGUUAAGAGAUCUGACCUUCAAGGGAAAAUCCUUUAAAGGUGCUUUUCCAAUCCUGUAGAGCAGAUUCAUGUUCAAAGAGAGAGAUGGAAUAGGUCUGGCCUUGUUUUGAAGGACUGGAGACUAGUUCUCCUUUCAAACUUGAUGUUAUAGUAUUUUUGUGACUAUAUAAAUUUUUAAAAGUUGUCGCAAUUUUAGGUGUGAUUUUUCCUAUUCAUCAUGAAGGUCAUAGAAUAUGCUCUGAGUUGGCAGAUUUACAGUUGACUUGACCAAGAACUCACUUUUAACGUAAGUAAUUUAGAUAGGUUAGGAAUGCCCUUCUAGCCUGUCUGACUCUGCACGUGGGUACCCCUGCUUGGUACUUUACAGCUCUCACAAUGUACUCUAACACUGCAGGCAUCCGAGAUGCCCUGCAUUCUAUAGGUAGCUGCUUUUUGGAGGUCUGUGCACACAAUUUGAUUUGACUACGUUCCAUUUAAAUUUCCCCAGAGCACUAGCUUCAGUCAAACUAGUGCUCAUUUUCAUUAUUGAUUCCCAUGGUGGCCAGAGUUGGUCAUGACUAAAUUUGCCAGUUUUCUCCUAAGAGAUAUUUUGCUCUCCCACAGAACCACAUCAGCUUCUAGGGUGGUUUUGGAAGAUGAGAAGUCAUGACUUAAUUUUGGGAACUAAAAACUGUCCAACUGAUAACUGUGUUAGAAAGCGGUUCAAGGAGUUUUGGGGGCCAUUCGUACCACUUUGCUCAGCAAAUCUUAUCUUGGAAAACUUCUCUGCCCCAUUUCAUUUGAAUUUCCCCACAGACAUCAUCAUCUGGGAAUCACUGUGACAGAUCUCACAUCGAUAUACUAGCCUGAGAGAUUAGAAUUAUGUCUUUCCACAUAUAUUGCAAAGGAGAAGGUGUUCUGUUUAUUUCCUGUCCCCUGACUAACGCUUUCCUAUCACCACAUGGGUGCACAUACUAAAGUUAUAAUGCAAGGAAACAUUUAUCCUCUUCAUAUACUAUUCAGAAAGCCAUUUGGCACCAGUACAGAAUUUAACUUAAAGACUCUGUAAUUUGGAAUUCACCAAAUACAUUCAGAGUUCUAGAAAGAGAAAUAAAAAUGGUGGUGGGGUGGGGGGGGGACCCACCUUUUUUGUUUCUGAAAACAAUAUUUAAGGUCAGAACUGUUUAAAAAGAAGCACUGCUAAAAAGUUACAGGAUUCAGAGAAACAUAGUAUUUUUGUACAGUGUCUUCUAAAAUGUUCAGAUCUCUCUCUACAUCUCUUUACAAUGUAAUGCCUCUAAGUAAAUGGUUUCCCAAUAAAUUGAAUUUGAUGCUG